AUGGCUCUAUGGAAGGCUCGGAAUAAGCUAAGGUUUGAUAAUCGACCCCCUAAUUUCUAUACAAUGUGUUGCUCUAUUAUGGCAUGGAUUCGUCAAAUUAGCCUUUUUGCUCCUGGUCACUAUAAGGGUGUUCUUGAUGCCCGUUUAUUGGCCUCUCUUGGAGUUGCUUCUAAAGGUGGUAAGGCUCCCAGAAUUCAACAUGUCUUAUGGCAGCCUCCGUUUUUUCCUUGGAUCAAAGUUAACACAAACGGUUUAGCAAAAGGCAAUCCAGGUCCAGCAGCUUGUGGGGGUGUGUUUCGUGAUGCCUCAGGUGGGUUUUUAGGGAGUUUUUGUCAUUCGCUUGGAUGGAAGACUUCCUUUUAUUCUGAACUUUAUGUUGUUAUCUUGGCAAUUGAAAUUGCUCAUGAUAAAGGGUGGGUCUACUUAUGGUUGGAAAGUGACUCUGUUAGUGUGGUAGCUUGCUUCUCUUCCAGGUCUUUUUCUCCUACGUGGAACUUAAGAGUUCGUUGGAAUAACUGCCUUUUGAUAAUUCGUCAAAUGAACUUCCGUUACAGUCAUAUUUUUAGAGAAGGAAAUAUAGUGGCUGACAAGAUGGCAAACUUGGGGUUGUCAAAUGUUUCAUUUACUUGGUAUGAUAAUCCUCUUACUGAGCUUCAUGGUUUCUUGCAAGCGGAUUAUUUGGGUAUCCCUAAUUAUCGGUUUUCAUAG